UCUCCUUCAACACCACUACAAAAACUACAUCUACAAAAUGACCACCUACUUCAACUACCCAUCCAAGGAAUUACAGGAGGAGCUUAGCCGCAUUGCGCGCGCUAUUGUCGCUCCCGGCAAGGGUAUUCUCGCUGCCGAUGAGUCUGUCUCCACCAUGGGCAAGCGUCUGCAAGAUAUUGGUGUUGAAAAUACCGAUGAACAUCGUCGUCAAUACCGUCAGCUAUUGUUCUCCACUGACCCCAAGGUCGCUGAGAAUAUCUCCGGUGUGAUUUUGUUCCACGAAACUUUGUACCAGAAGGCCGAUGAUGGCACACCAUUCGUUGAAUUGUUGAAGAAGCGUGGCAUCAUUCCCGGCAUUAAGGUCGAUAAGGGUGUUGUGCCAUUGUUCGGCUCCGAAGACGAAUGCACCACUCAGGGUUUGGAUGACUUGGCUGCCCGUUGCGCUCAAUACAAGAAAGACGGUUGCGAUUUCGCCAAGUGGCGUUGCGUCUUGAAGAUUGGCAAGAACACACCUUCCUAUCAGUCUAUCUUGGAGAAUGCCAACGUUUUGGCCCGUUACGCUUCCAUCUGCCAAUCGCAACGUAUUGUACCAAUUGUUGAACCCGAAGUGUUGCCUGAUGGUGAUCAUGACUUGGAACGCGCACAAAAAGUUACCGAAACCGUAUUGGCUGCUGUCUACAAGGCUUUGAACGAUCAUCAUGUCUACUUGGAGGGUACUCUGUUGAAGCCCAACAUGGUGACAGCUGGUCAAUCGUCCGCUAAGAAAUACACACCCGAUCAAGUUGCGCUCGCCACCGUCGAAGCUCUGCGCCGCACUGUACCAGCUGCUGUUCCCGGCAUUACCUUCUUGUCUGGUGGUCAAUCUGAGGAAGAGGCUUCCGUACACUUAAACGCCAUCAACAAAGUACCAUUGCUGAAACCAUGGGCUCUCACCUUCUCGUACGGUCGUGCUCUGCAAGCUUCCGUCUUGCGAGCAUGGGGUGGCAAGAAGGACAACAUUACCGCUGGCCAAAAUGAAUUGUUGAAACGUGCAAAGGCUAACGGUGAAUCUGCUGUGGGCAAAUAUGUUGCCGGUAGUGUGGUCGGUGCUGGUGCUGAUGCUGCACUCUUCGUUGCCAAUCACGCCUACUAAAUGCAAAACAACAACAACAACCAUAACAGCAACUCUAGUAAGCACAAAGUAGGAGCGAUGGUGCUAAAACCAUGACGAGGUGUACUACAUUAUUAGAAAGGAGAUACAGGCUUAACUAUAUACCUAUAGUAGUGAGAGAUGGAUUAUUGUUUGCAAUUUAUUUAUUAAGAAUAAAAAGUGGCGUAGCAACAGUAACAACAAGCAAAAGAAAGAACAAAGGAAAAAUAUUAAGUCAUCAAAACAGCAACAGCAAAGCGAAUAGGCUACUAGAAAUUAGUAGAAGAAAUAAAACCAAAGCCAAGGAAACCAAGAGAAUAAAGAGGGUUGUGCUGAAACAACAAAAACAGUCAAGAACAUCACACAACUAUAAUUAGUAACUACAACCAAAAAAAAAUAA